AUGGCCGACCGAUACCGCAACCCCGCGAGUCGCUCAUCUGGCAAGCGGCAACCGCUAGCAGAACUACGCAACACAGCCAACACACCACCAGUCUCCCAACGCAGUGCGAACCCGAAGCAUGUGAAGGUCCACUCAUCUUCUCACACACACCUUCCCCACAACGAAUCGUUGGAGCCCAAUGGCACGCUUGCUAUCCGAAGCAGCGAAGGUCCAGAGUCCCCUGCCAACAAACGCGUGUCCCAAAUCUCAAAAGACGAGCGUGACUCCAAGCGAAACUCAGCCAUAUCGACGACGUCCACCAAUGCCUCUAGCAGACGGCGGAAGACUUUCAUCGGCCAUUGGCAGCUGGGAAAGACGAUCGGUAAGGGUGGUUGCUCACGAGUACGGGUGGUUCGACACAAGUACAGGAAGGAUCAGUAUGGCGCCGUCAAGAUCAUUACGAGGUCGGUGGCGGAGAGCACGCGCGCUCAGAGCUUGGCCAACUUGAUAGAGAGCACUCGAGGUUCGCCCGCGCAGAAUGUCCCUGGGUACAAGCCUAUUCCGUACGGACUGGAACGGGAGAUUGCUGUCAUGAAGCUGCUGGAGCACCCGAACAUUGUACGACUGUACGAUGUUUGGGAGAAUCGUAACGAGCUCUAUUUGAUCAUGGAGUACGUGUCGGGCGGCGAGCUUUUUCAUUACGUGGACAAGAGGAAGGGACUUGACGAGGAUGAAGCAGUCCUCAUCUUCAGACAAAUCGUCUCGGCGCUCUUAUACUGCCACAGAUUGCUCAUCUGCCACCGAGACCUGAAGCCAGAGAACAUCCUGCUCAAUACGGAUGAUCUGUCUGUCAAGCUCAUCGAUUUUGGCAUGGCUGCACUUCAGCCUGAAGGCAGGCUUCUCAGCACACCUUGCGGCAGUCCUCACUACGCUGCCCCUGAGGUCGUCAGCAGCAAGCCAUACGACGGGACCCAAGCCGAUGUCUGGAGUUGUGGGGUCAUUCUCUAUGUGAUGCUCACUGGCACCACUCCAUUCAACUACGGCCCAGAUGCAGACAUUCGGAAGCUCUUUCGCGAUAUCACGAGAGUUCAGUACUUCAUGCCACCGGACCUGUCCUACGAAGCCCAAGACCUCAUCCGUCGUAUCUUCGUGGCCGAUCCCACGAAGCGCAUAACCAUGGAUGAAGUAUGGGACCACCCUCUCCUUCACAAAUUCGACGAGGAGUUUGGAUUUGUCGGCGAAGCAGCCACAAAGGAGGCAGCAGUAGGUGACAUGCCGAUGAUCGACCAGUGGAAGGUCAACCGCAUUCAGGAUAUCGAUCGCGAGAUCCUCCAGAACAUGCGCACGCUGUGGCACAGCGAGUCUGAGCAGAGUUUGAUUCAGAAGCUCCUAAACAACGAAUACAACCAGGAGAAGCUGUUCUACGCUGCACUCGUUAAACACCGAGAGGAGAAUUUGGAGAAUUACGCUGGGGAUGGAGACGACAUCAGCUACUCUGCAAGCGACUAUCAUCACAGCCGCCCUCCAGCCCGAGAUGAUGCUCCUCCCGUGCCCUCAGACAAGGCACCACGCUCGCAAUCCCAGUACUCGAUCAUGAACGAUGAGCACUUGCGACCCAGCACCAGCUUUGUCGGACCUCCACCGUCUUUAAGCAGCUACGACCCAUACCGAGCAUCGAGGGAUCCAAUUGUGGAUGCACGUGGCGAAUACCUGAACGUCGUGGUCCACCGCAACGGAAGUACGAGCACACGGAGGACGAGUGUGGCAGAUCGCCGUCUGCGACAUCCUCACUCCACCAGAAUCGAGAUGCACAAGCAGCAAUUGCACAACAGAACAUCGAACUACUCCACGUCCAGCCUCCCACGGUCUGGUCGAAGCAGACCAUCUAUGCCGCGGUCGUCCAUGUCUCGUCACUCGAUGACGAGCUCCAUCUUGCCCAGCAGUCCGCCCGUCAUCGCAUCUAUGCGGCCUUCUGAGCUUCACAAGCGUGGUGUCAGCUUUGGCCAUAUUCGCCGCAUCUCUACUACCAGCGCGCUCACAGGAAACGACUCUUCUUCCAAGUCUUCCACGCCAGCCACACCAAGUCUGCCAGGCAAACUUCGAGAACGGCAGGCCAGACUGCAGGCAGAGGCGAAGCAAGCUCCAGGCUCUAGUCCGUUGGCUCACCUUGAACAGGCAGUCAAGUCACGUAAGGAGAAGGGUACAAAGAUGGAGACGCCCCGUAUCAAGGUGCGCAAGCCGACGGAGACUCCUUCUCAACACUUGCGUAAUGAGGUUCGCAAGCAUAGCGCUGAGCUUGAGAAGGCGUGCGAGGAAGCGUUCUUCCGCGACUCGUUUGGGUCAGGCAUGACUGCUCGAACUUCAGUCACAGACAAGCCUUCGCCGUACGAUACGCCUCCAUCGUCAGUCUCGGCAGCACAUACCACAACGCCAGACUUGCUUCAUCAAAAGCCACCACCUCGCCCACUGCCAGAGCUACCCAAGGACACUCCUAACACGUACUUGUCGAGGACUCUGGAGGAGACUCGCAAGAAGCUGGAGGCGUACAAGGGUAGUGGCGACGAUAAUACCGCCAAAUUCGAGGAGGUCAUGAAGAUGCUGGAUCAAGCCAUGCCGGGCAUGGUCAAUCAGUCUCAAGACAAGCGUGUGAUGACUGCUCCUGAGCCGAAGCCAUCUGAUCAGAUGAGCUUCUUGCCAAUCAUCAACGAGGAAGGCAGCGACCAGCGAAGCAGCAGAGACGGCGCCAACUGGCAUCGCAGCGUUACUGACCCUGUUGGAAAAGCGAGGAAGCCUGAGGACAGGACCAUACGUAUGGUGCCCCCGUCGUCACCAGCAGGCACGGUGGCUCCUCUGAACGUUCGCAAGCGUAGCAACGGGAGCCAGACAAGCAGCGAGGGUACCCAGCAGCGGCUGACUGUCAAGACCUCUGCUGAGGGUCUCAGUCGCAAGGCCACGACCACCGAUACGAGUGGCCUCAUGUCUAUUGAUGAAGAGAGUACACUGAUGACGCCGACUGUUGUCCGCAAGAAGCGUUCAGGAUGGUUUGGCAGAAGCAAGAAAGAUGCAGCAUCAGAGCCAAAGGCUGCACCAAUUUCGGACCCCACUGCACUGGACCGUCUUGAUGAUCGUCAGGAGCGACGUCAAUCGCGGAUUUUGCAGAAGCAUGCCGCACCACAGAAGACUUCCCCAGAAGAGCCUCCCACUUCAGCACAGUCAAGCGAAUUCCCGAUUCGCAAGAACCGCUUCGGUGGUGGUAAGAAGGGCUUCUCCAAAUGGAUUGGUCGUAUGGGUCGUGAGAAGGGUGUCGAUACCACUAUGACGGAACCCGACACAACCAUGUUCACGCACCAGUCGUUGGACUCUUUGUUUUCGUCACAGUCGCCAGCACCAUCCAGCAAUGAAGCUCCUCCCACCACUGGUGACGAGCGAUCUUGGUUCGCACGCUUCUUCAACAUCAAGCCUGCCGUGGAGAUCCUCUGCUUCAACAUCCCAAGAGGUAGAGUCCGCCAGGAGCUUGUCAUUCUUCUGACAGAGUGGCAACGACACGGCAUCCGUGACCUUCAGUACUCGCGCGAGACCAACAUCAUCUCCGCACGAGUCGACAGAGUUAAUUCACUGGAUAUCAAGCCAGUAUCAUUCCGCAUCGAGCUAUUCGUCGUACUCGAGCAUGGCCGCAAAGCCCGCCUUUGCAUCGGCCGCUUCGUGCAGGUCAAAGGUGCAGUCAGCGGCUUCCGCAAAGUCAUUGAAGUUAUCGACGGCAUCAUGAGACAGAAUGGCAAGCUGGUUGAAGAUGAGGAGAAGUGGCGAGCUUUGUGCGAGGUGGUUGGUGGUUGA